UUUAUGGAAUCUGCCACAUGGUUUGGUGCUGGAAUAACAAUAGAACUAAAUCUUGGCAAUUGGCUCCUUCCUCAGGAGAGUGCUGGAAAAAGUCUUCGAUGAAGUCAUACUGGUAAACGUCUUGGAUAGUGGGGAUUCAGCACACUUGGCAUUAAUGAAAAGACCCGAGCUGGGUGUUACACUAACAAAGCUUCACUGCUGGGAACUGACGCAGUUUUCAAAAUGUGUUUUCAUGGAUGCAGACACAAUGGUUUUGUCAAAUAUUGAUGAGCUUUUUGAGAGAGAAGAGCUGUCUGCAGCACCAGAUCCAGGCUGGCCUGACUGUUUUAAUUCUGGAGUUUUUGUUUACCGACCUUCCAUUGAAACAUACAAUCAGCUGUUACAGUUUGCCACAGAGAAAGGCAGCUUUGAUGGUGCAGAUCAAGGGUUAUUAAACACCUUCUUCAGCAGCUGGGCAACAACAGACAUAAGCAAACAUCUACCAUUUAUUUAUAAUUUGAGCAGUACUUCUGUAUAUUCCUACCUUCCAGCAUUUAAAGCGUUUGGUGCAAAUACUAAAGUGGUGCAUUUCCUGGGAAGCACAAAGCCGUGGAACUAUACAUAUGACUCCAGAACAAAAAGCAUAAAAGGCAGUAUGGAUGACCCUAAAAUAGUUCACCCAGAAUUCCUCAACAUGUGGUGGGAUACCUAUAUAGCUAAUGUUUUACCAUUACUAGAACAGCAUGGAAUCGUUAAAGAAACUACUACAGGUGUAAACAUGCUAUCGGGCUUGGUCUAUACUCUGGCUUUCUCUUGUGGCUUCUGGAGAGAGACAGAGGUUACAGAGGCAGUGUCCCACAUAUCAGUAUCAGCACCAUCACCACCACUACCAACUGUAUCUUCAGAAGAACGCAAGGAACGGUGGGAACAGGGCCAAGCUGACUAUAUGGGAGUGGAUUCCUUUGACAACAUCAAGAAGAAACUUGAUACCUACCUUCAGUAGAAAUGCCUGUCUCAAACAGUGGUGAUGCAAGGACUUGUUCCAGAACUAACAGCUAGAAAGGUGUAGAUGGUGGUCAGUUACACUUGCUAGUAGCUUGAUGAAAAACUUCUUGGCUGAAGGCCUCUGCAGUGCUACAGAUGAAGACUGAGCAAAAGCUAGGAAGCAGAAUUCCUUGGGCCGCCUGUAACUGCCCAAUAUCCAAUUCUCCCUACUAGAUAAAACCAGGUAUUUUCAGUUUAAAUUUUCUUCUGUUGUGAUCAAUUGGCUCAACAUAUUCCUUGAAACUGGGUUUGUUACCUCACCUCAUUAAGGUGAUUAGCUAUGAUUCCUUUGCUUGCUGUUUUAGAUGUAAAAUCUAAUUCAUGGGAUUGCUCGUACACUAGAGUGGUAGCCAUUCUGCUUUACCAUAAAUGUACUGAUGACACUGGGAUACAUACAGAUGUAACAGUAUUAGCACUGCUUUGCUCUUCCAGUCACAAUUGCACUGAAGUUUUGACCAGGUUCUUACGCACAGUGCCUACAGCAUGGCAGAAUGCAUUUUUCAGUUCUGUAUACUAUGGGACUAGUGAACCGAGUUUUAUCUGUUACUUGCAAUAUUGCACUUGAUACAAAAAUAAAAAGUUGUCAUGCA